AACAGGCCAUGCGUCUGUCAAAACUUGUCAAUCAAAAUAAACAAUUAAAAUCCAGUGCACAGAAAUAUGAACAGCAACAAUAUCGUGAUUGUCCUGUUAAGGGUCAAAUGGGCGGAUUUAGAAAGCGCCUCAGCGGCACCCUUAGCAUUCUCAGCAGCAACAAUAGUGGCAGCUGCCGUAGUAUUGGCACCGGUGGCGGAGGAGCAGGCGGUGCCGGCAGCGGCAACAUCAACACGAGCUCCCUGCAUCAGCGCAGCAGUUUCGGUAACGGCAGCUGUGUAUCGUCGUCGUCCACGACAAAUUCAUGCCCGAACAAACGACGUAAGUCGAAAACAUUCAAGUGUUUCAGUAGCACAGUGUUUCGCUGUUGUCUUCCUUGUCGCGGGGGCAGCAGCUCAGCAGCCCCCGCUACAAGUCCACCUCACACGCCCGUGCAGGCAACGGCAGCAACUGAAGCGGCCGCGGACAAUAGCUCAGUAAAACGCAAACGAUCCGGCAAAUCUUCCAUCGAGCUGACGGACGGCAACGAAUCGCUGAUAGCAGCGGCAGCAGCUGCCGUCAAGAAACACUCACUGGCCGAUACCAUCGGUACGUCGGCCACCACCCCGAUUUCCCUGAAAACCCUGAUAAACGACGAAGAGGACAUUGAUCAGCAGUAUAGUGCAGCGGAUAUAGCAGCCGCCUCAUUGGCCAGUGGUAUUUUGCCGCGUAAGGCCGAACCGGAGACGCUUAGUGACACCAGUAUCUCACCGACAGCAGCUGCUCUCCAGACUGCUGUAGUGGGAGGAUCAGCUUCGGCAAGCUCCCUACUGUCGACUACAACAUCGCUGUUGUCCGUGGCCACUGCAGCAGCUCCAGCCAUAGCAUCAAGCCAAUCUUCACCAACAACACCACCGAACGCAAAUCAAGCCAAUAUUGUGGGGACACCGGCAGGCCAAAGCAGCGGCGCCACAGUUGUCUCACCCGUAACUGCAAGUGCAGGAAGUGUUGGUGCAGCAGCAACAGCGGCAGCAGCAGCUGGGUCGACACCCUCACGUUGUUGUUGCCCACCGCCCCAAACCUCGCCAUUACCUCACAUCAAAGAAGAAGAAGAGUCUGAGCAUCAACUGAAUCGCCAGCACAGCAUACAACAGGACGACUCCACAGAACCCACCACCAGCGCCAAACAGCAAUUAUCCUCCCAAAACGAUCAGCUCUCCCCAUACGCCGCCAAUCCCAGUGGCAGCAGUGAAAGUUGUACCUCCCUAUCGGCUAACGCUGUUACCACCUCCUCCGCCACAGGUUGUACAACCCAAGAUUUUACCACCUCAACUCCAUCGCCCCGCAUCAAACAUAAGUUCCGUAAACAACACAAAUCGGGGUGGUCACGUAUUGUGUUAGCACCCAGUAGCUUAGCUGGUGUAACGGGAGGUUGUGCCGCCGCAAAUUCAAGUGAAACUCUUGCCUCGAACAAUAGCAGCAGUGCUGCAACAGUUAGUGCCGCCGCCGGCACUGGUAAUACUCGUUUAGUUUCAUCGUCGUUAGCAUCGGCCCUUGGCGCCCAACAAUCGAAUAGUUCACAGCUAUUGCCUGCCAGCAAAAUGCAAGCGGAACAGGGAUCAAUUGGUGAUCUGCAAAAGUAUCACAGUCGAUACUUGAAGAAUCGUCGGCAUACAUUGGCGAAUGUUCGGUAAGUGG